GACAGACACAGAAUAGUAUCAUUCCUCCCGUUUGUGGAUAUAAUACGGGUCAACACAUGUAUAUCGACAUGUCAUCCACCAAUAGUCCGGUUACUCUAAAUAUAUUAACGAUGGGAAACAGGAACAGACUUUUCGAUAUUAGAGUCUCACAAAUACAUUGCAACUCGAAUUAUAGGGCACCGGCUAAUUGUCUUCAGUAUCACAUCGGAGUCCAGGGAUCUAUUCGCUCGUUUAACUACGACGAGCCAAAUGUAGCAGCACAGGGAGGUUAUCUAAAUAACUUAGACUACACCAUCUGUUUCAAGAAAGAGCCGGGGUUUUGCACCGUUACUUAUUCUGUGCCAACAGUUUACGUACAUAUCAAUGACCCCAAUCAGUCACAAGAGGGACCCAUGACAAUAUCCCCGGGCAGAUAUUUUAAUAUAAUACCCGACACAUCGACUAACAAUGCUGUUGGCAAUGAUCAGGCGGGUGCCGGUCCUUACGACUGUCCAUUCGAUUACCUAUUCUUAGCCGGAAGAAGACUUUGCGGCUCAAGAUUUAACGGCCAGUUAUACCCUCCUAUGCCUAACCCGUCGGUCAACUCAGAAGUGACU